GUCACUUCAUUACCUAAUUUCAUCAAAUAUAGGCUAUAUAUCCACUUGCGGAAGCGAAAAGCGCAACGCAAGCUCAAGUACUGUAAGUAUGGAUGCCUCAAGCAGCAGCUUCGGCGUCAAAGCUAGGACGGCGGCUGAACUCCAAUCUGUCAAGCGCAAAUCGGGCAAAACUUACGCUCAGAUAGCGGAGGAGACUGGCUUGACAAAUGUGUACGUGGCUCAGCUCCUCAAGCGGCAAGCGCAGCUCAAGCAGGAUGCUGUCCCUCUUCUACGGGCAGCCCUUCCAGGGCUCACUGAUGAGCUUCUCCAUGAGAUGAUGCAGGCGCCCUUGCGUUCCUAUGAUCCCAACUUAAUUCAGGAGCCUACUGUCUACAGAUUGAACGAAGCAGUUAUGCACUUUGGGGAGAGUAUCAAGGAAAUAAUUAAUGAAGAAUUUGGCGAUGGCAUCAUGUCAGCGAUUGACUUCUAUUGCUCUGUGGAUAAAGUUAAAGGUGUGGAUGGAAAAGACCGUGUUGUUAUAACAUUUGAUGGGAAGUAUUUGCCAUACACCGAGCAGAAAACUGAACAUAUGGCAUCAAGGUUGAGAACCCAAGACAACCAAGACAGAAAACCAUAGUGAACUUCACCCUGCUGUUGCUUCUUGUGUUGAAUGCAUGCUGUUUUGUGCGCUACUAGUAUUUCCUACUCAUAGUAUCUGUAUUGUACUCCGAGGAACUCCAUAGAAAUUCAUAGUUUGUCUGAUUAAAUAAAUGAGGUUGUGAUCAUCUAGUUGUAAACAAAUUAUUAUGUUUGUUGCAAUGAUUUCAGGUAGGCAUGCCCUGUCGGACAGUCAUAUCAGUA